AUGUCUUUCCCAGCCGUCUACGUUUCAGACACCAAAGAUGAUAGUCAAGGAAUCCCUGUUCCUAUAGGGGACGAAGUCUUCACCCAAAGGGGAGACAAAUUUGGUCCGCAUUUCAGGUCUCAGUCGACCCCUACCUCCCUUGGUGCUCUUCGCCGCCUUUGUAACAUCCCUCAAGAAAUUGAAUUCUCUCUUCCUAGACCCAACGAGUCUCUGGAAAUGGUGCGAGAGGGUUACUGCUGUGCGUACGAAGUCUAUUUCAAAGGCUGCGGUUUGUUUUUUCCCGUACCAGAAGUUCUUCUUUUGUACCUCCUUCAUCUAGCGAUUGCCUUUCCCCAAAUGGCUCCCAACUUUCUUCGAUAUGUUCUGAGCACCCUGACCGUUUCGGCGGAAGCAGGGUUUUCCCUCACCACUAGCGAACUCUUAGGGCUAUUUCGAGCCCGUGAAUCCGCAGCAGCGGGUAUUUUUUCUAUGAACCCUAUUCUUGACCGUAACCUAAUCGACGGAAUGCCCUCAAAUGAUGGGCCUUGGAGGAAAUACUGGUUCUUUUUCCGAGUCAAUCCCCAUUCCGUUCAGGGUCUUUCCGGUCUUCUUCUCGCCAAUUGGUCGGCUAAACUCGGGAACCAGACGAUCCCCCGCCCUACUGUUGAUUUCCUGUCUUUCUUUCGAAUCGUUUUUGAGGGUGAGACAAAUUGGAAUUCCUUCACCCUUCAACGCAUUCAUGAAGCGUGGCUUGCCAUCAAAGAUGGUCAAACUCACCCCCUCGAUCCUCCUCCCGAAGAGAAAGACGUCUCGAGCCUGAAUGCUCGAGAUAAAAGAAAAAUGCAAGCCGAAAGCAAGGCUCUUAAGGAUCAGCUAUCCGAAAUCGGGAGAAAGAAGCGGAUAGCUGCAAUCUCCAAGGUUGGUAACUUCCACAGGAAGACCCUCUUGGUUGAUGACGGUUCAUUAGAAGCGGCUCUGUCAGCCGCGGUGGAUACUCAUGGAGACGAGAUUCUUAACGACCCUCCAGUCGCCACCGUAAUUUGCCCUUCCGAACAAGGGCGAGAGGGAGAAGUAACUUCCUCACCUUGUACAAAGAGGAAGGCUCCAGAUUCCGAUACUUUAUCAAACGAGAGACUUAAAACCCUGAGAUUAAGUUCUCCGCCACGAGUCCCUAGCCCUCUGCAUUCUGCUUUUCCCUCUUCAAAACCUUUAGAAUCUGAGCUCCCUCUUCCGGGAGACAGAGUAAUCUCAGAGGAAAUCGAUGAGCCGAGACCGGAGGCUCCCCUAUCUCAAGGACUGAGUGUUAAGACUCAAAAUCCUUUACCCGCUUCGAUUUCAGGCGGAGAAGAGAUUGGAGACAUCUUCCGAAGUUUCCAAACCAGGGAAGGGGCGUCCCUUCCUCCUUCUUCGGUUUGGAGGCCGGAAAUCCGUCAGAUGUUCGCCAAUCGAGCCUACUACCUAUCACAGGCGUUUAUGGAGACUAAUGGAAUGAUCUUCCAUUAUGAGAACCUUCUUCAUCAAGCGAAGAGAUAG